CUGGGCGAGCUGCGGGCGCUGCUGGCGCUGCUGGCGGGUGCGGCGGCUCAGGAAGAUGAAGAUCCAGUUUCUGAUGUGAGACUCACUGGAUGAUCAUUUCACUGAGAUCAACUUGAAUGACCAGGUGGAAAGUGCCAAGAGGAAUGAGCUGUGACUGAGUGCCACAGGUGUGUAUAACAAGACAACCUGAUCUCGUCAUGGAAUCAAGGGAGAUUUCCCUGCACAUGGAAAUUUGAGCCAAGAUCUGAAGGCAAUUCAAAAAACUUUUAUUGACAAUGACUACCUGUGUUGAUAGUCCAAAAGAAGCUCUGUUUCCAGAGGCCCUUAAAAUCCAGGAGUCCUGUCAACCUUCAGACAGAUUCAUGACUGACAAACAGCAGGAAGAAGCAGAAUGGGAAAACAUAAAUGUGUUAUUGCUGACACGUGGCUUAAAACCUUUAUGUCUUGUCAAGAAAACAGAUCUCAAAGAUUUUAUCAUUUUUGACAAACAGUCAUCACAGAAAAUGAGACAGAAUUUGAAAACACUGAUGGAAGAAACAGCAUGUCAACAGAACCUGAUCCGGGAGCUCAUAGAAACUAAUCAGCAGCUAAAGGAUGCACUUCAGCAAGAGCAAUGCCGAGCAGCAUGUCACGAACAACGAGCUAAUGAGUUGGAGCAAAUUAUGGAGAAUGUGAAGACCAAAAUCGGUGAACUGGAGGAUGGGUCCCUAAAUAGGGUUUGCCAACAACAGAACAAAAUCAAAGAUCUUCAGAAAGAGCAGAAAGCUUUACAGAUCAAAUGUCAGAAUUAUAAAAAAAAGCGAAUGGAGCAACAAGAAACUAUUUCUUCUUUGCAAAAGGACAUCUAUAGGUUAACCAAGGAGGAGGAAGACCGAAUUAUCACUCAGAAUCGAGUAUUUUCCUAUCUCUGCCAAAGAGUUCCUCAUUCCGUCCUGGACAGACAGUUGCUCUGCUUAAUUGAUUACUAUGAAAGUAAAAUUAGAAAAAUUUGUAAGCAAAGACAGUAUAAAGAUGAUGAAAGUCUAUCAGAAGAAGAAAAAGAUUGCAGAAAUCUGGGUGCUUCACCAACUUAUAAAGGCCUGCUAAUGUCAUUGCAGAAUCAACUUGGGGAAGCAAGAUGUAAGAUUGAUACCCUUUUAAAUGACAAGCUGAAUCUCCAGAAAGAUUUGGAUAGCAGGCCUACAUUGAGUGAAUUUAGACUCUACAAGGAACAAGUGAAGAGACUGGAGAGAGCACUUAGGAAAAACAUCAGAUUACAGAAUCUUCUUGGUGAAGGUGGGUGUAAGGACAGAGAGCAAAGAGAUGAGCUUUGCAAAGACAGCGACGCCCUCCUGGGACAGAGAUACUUCCAGGUGCUGUGUGACAUCAAUGCGAUUAUUCACCAUCCGAGAGCUCCGGUAGUAAUUUAUAAACAAAGUAAAGGAGGAUGCCAAAAUUUUAAUCAAGAUUUCGUUCAAGAUUGUGGAUUUGAGCACCUUAUUCCUAUACUAGAAAUGUGGGCAGAACAGUUGAGUUUUGUAAAGGAAUUAUAUAAGUCUUUGAGAACACUGUCUGCAGAAUUGGUGCCUUGGCAUAAUCUGAAAAAGCCGGAUGAAAAUGAAGGUGUCAGAGUUGAAGAUUUGUUGCUUAUAGUUGAUACCAUGUUGGAAGAAGUUGAAAAUAAGGAAAAGGGCAGCAGUACUUCAGACUUUCAGACUUUGCAAGCUAUUGUUUCUCACUUUCAAAAAUUGUUUGAUGUGCCUUCUUUAUGUGGAGUGUAUCCGCGAAUGAAUGAAGUUUACACUCGACUUGGAGAACUAAACAAUGUCGUGAGAUGUCUCCAAGAACUCUUAGAAUUAGAUAAUUCGUCCUCAUUAUAUGUGUUGGUGAACACAGUUGGGAAACUGUGUAGACUGGUGAAUGAGGGUAUCAAAGACCAGGUUGUACAGAUGUUAGGACCGGAAGAUGUUCAAAGCAUUAUCCACAAAUUGGAGGAGCAUGAGGAAUUUUUCCCUGCAUUUCAGGCAUUUACUAAUGAUCUACUUGAAGUCUUAGAGAUUGAUGACUUGGAUGCCAUUGUACCUGCAGUAAAGAAAUUAAAAGUACUUUCAUACUGAAAACAAAUUAAAUCAUUUUUACUGUGUAAAUUGCAUUCUUAGCAUUGUGUAGGAUUGAUCUUGAGGCAAGGGUCAUGAAAUGUAUAUAUUUAUAUAUUUAUUCUUGGAAUUCAUCCCCUUCUUAGUAUUUAUUGGGUCUUUCUCCAUUCAUAGAUUUAUUAACUUUGAGAUUCUUUUAUUCAGUUCUGCGAUAAAAUUAGUAAGUUAACUUUAGACUCUAAUCAUUUUCUUAAGCAGUUUGUGAGUGCUUAAAAAUUAAGUUUGUUUUAAAGUAGUGCAGUGUUGUAAAUAACGAAUAGAGCUAGAGAGCGAUAUUAUAAGUAACAGAAAGGUUGCGUUUAAGUUCAGGAUUUUGUGAUCUUUUUGGCUCUGGAACAAGGAAUGCCAAUGACUCUCUUAAGUCCCGCCAGUAGGAAGCCAUUGCCUUCCGGGCAAGGAUUUAUUGGCACAUUCUAUUAAGAUAUCCUGCAUGGCACUUAGCCAUUCAAAGCAGGAGGAAGAAAAGGAAGAAAGAAGAAUACUUUGGCAUUCUGUUAGGGUAGGAAAUGAAUCAUGGAAUAAUAAAUAGAUGAGUGGAUGGAACUCUUUUUUCUUUCUUUUUUUUCAAUCUUGAUGUAAUGUACUUUUUGUAAGGAUGAGAUCUUAAAUAAAAUUUUUGUCAAGAA